AUGGAGGAGGAAAGAGAAGGAGAUAUUAGAGUCCCUCUCAUCUCCGCUCUAUUCUGCCUGUUUGUAAUAUCCGGUGGAGUCUUCCUUGUUGUCUACGUCUACGUUCCCAACCUUUCUGAGCCAUGGUUUCCCAUGGCUGCAUUCUUAUUAAUAGGCUCGCCAUGGAUUUUCUGGUUUCUAACCUACAUCUACACCUGUAUCAAAGCUUGUUUCCGCCGCACCCCCGUCGACGACCGCCAGAUUUCCCGGCGUGGCAGCCUUGCAACACCACCACCACCAAAGACCGCCAACACGGCGGUACUGCCAAGCAAUGAUGAGCCGCCUGAGAAUUCUCCUAAAGACGGACGGCACGUGCACUUUGGGGAGGCGGCAGUGGUGGUGAAAGGUGAGGAUAGUGGAGGCCAGAAUGGAGAACAUGGCGGAGGAGAAGAGUCGUCGGUGAAUUAUCUCCUCCAAGGAAUCAUUAAGAAAUCCUCACCUCAGCCUACUCCAUUACCAUACGGGCAUUUGAUUCGACUGAUAACAGCGAACAGCCUACUCCAUGAGCUUGCUAUUAUGCUCUAUUAUGAACCUCAGCCUACUCAACCUCAUAACAGUAUGAACUUGGGCAUUUGA